AUGACAACAACACAACAAACUUCAAUUAAGCGCCACCGAAGCUGGUUCGGAAGGCACUUGAGUCAAAAUGAGAAUAAAAAGAAUGAAUUAGACGUUGAAAGCUAUUCAAAUGGUAAAGACUUAAUGAAUGAUUUGCAACAACCCGAGAACAUUUACAACACGAAUUUAGUGAAUUCUGAAGAAGAGAGAGAAGAGAAAGAAGACAUACAAGAGAAGGAAAAUAUAUUCUCAAUUAACAGAGAAUUAAUACAGAAGGAUAUUGAUAAAUUAGAGUUGUGCAGUGAUGAUGAUAGUCAUGUCAAUAGUGAGAGUGAGGCAAAGAGGAAGAACAGGUUUCUCAGGAACAUUAAAGGCCUCUCUCAGAACGUCGAUGAUGAAGAACAUACUACAUGUGAGCCGGAAAGAAAUGAAGAUAAAGAAGAUAUCCUAGACGUCGGGCCUGAACAAGAAACUGAUAGAGGACCCUCGGAAGCCAUUUCUAGACCAAGGUCACAAAACUCUUUUGGCCCAUCUGUAACGCCGUUAAGGAUCCGUGAUAAUAUAAACUAUCUACUUGGGUAUAGUCAACCAGAACCUGUACAAGAGAAGACAGAACUUGAAACGGAAAAGCAGGAAGAAGAAGAAAGAACUUGGAUGAAACCUCAAAAUAGAGCUUCCAGAGACGUUUCGAAGGCACAGAGCUUAAUUGACAGGUAUUCGGGAAUACCUUGCAAUAGAUCUGCUCUAUUAGACUGUAGGGAAAGCUCGGCCUUUAUGUUUGAAUUGAACUUAAGUCGUAAAAAAGACAACGAUUACAGUUUAUAUUUCAAGUGGGCACUUUGGUUUGUAAGCCUAGUAGAUGGCAAAAAGCGGUCAAACAUUGACAGGUUAAUUGAAAACAGCUUAGAUUUGAAAAUUCUCAUCAAAGACUUCAAAAAGAUUAUAGAAAGCAAAGCCUACUACAAGUUUCAUAUCUUUAAACUUGGCCAUAUUCCAAAUAGAACGUCUGCUGAUCUUUUAAAUGGAGAUACAUUGGAAGUAAGGGUACCUCAAGAGUAUAAAGUUGAAUUUACCAAAGAAGUUGUAAAGCUAGUAUUAAAAGGAGACUUGUACAAACCACAAUCUUUACAAAGUAAGUAA